AUGCACCUCCGUAAUGCCAAAGAGAAUAUUCUCUCCGGAUACGCUCAUGGAGCACGAAACUGGCUCCGAUACCCCUUGAGUGCUUCAACGAUCGACGCCUUUCUCGAGGACAGGUAUCUCCCAGACCCCCCAGCCAAGGCUGAAAAUCUUGCCCUUGAGAAGCAGCAGGCCGAUACAUCGUCUCGAAUCCUGAAUCCAAAGCAAAAAACGCUCGAAUCCAAAGAGGAGAACGAGAUACUGGUCAGAGACAAGCCACGUACCACGAACUCCUCGGAGAAAGCCCGCUCGGGCUGCCGCUACGACUCGUCUACGCAAUCAAAGUGUAGGUGUGGCUACCAUACCACACCUCACACCGGAGAAAACAUAAAGAAUUCAGCCUUAUCGACUAUUUCCAGUUUCGGCAGUAGAAACCAAUUUCAUCUAAUGGACAAUAGCUCAUUUUCCUCGCUCGACUCCGAGCUCCGAGAUGACCACCAGUCUGUGCGGCUCCCAGACGUCGUCCAUGCGUACUCCAAUGGGUCCCGAGUGGCCAGAACGAGGACAUCGACGUCGCUGGCCUCGUCGAUUUCUAGAAGCAUCCUCAGUGUUCGCCAGAUCGUCGAGCAAGCCAGAGAGGACGACCAGCAAAUGGUGCGAACCGAGACGCAGGGAUGCGAGACGGUGGACCUCAACGAGGCUAUCCGGAUCGCCACGAACCGCUCAGAAAGCAUAGAGCCGCAGGAACCUGAAGCAGAGUCACUGCCGCCUGUCGACACCGGUUACUCGUGGGUGAUCUGCGCGUGUGUGUUCUUGAUGAUGUUCGCAACCUGGGGCGCCAACGGCUGCUACGGCGUGUUUCUGAACCACUGGCUCCAGGCACGGAGCUUCCCCGGCUCGUCUGCCACAGAUUUCGCUCUGAUCGGCAGCAUAGUGCUGGCGCUCGCUCAGGCGCUGGCUCCGCUCGCUCAGAUGGCGUCCGCGAUUCUGGGAAUGAAAACCGUGAUACUGGCGGGCGUUGUAUGCCAAACGGCUGGCUAUCUGCUGGCCUCGUUCGCCACACAACUGUGGCAGCUGUAUCUAACCGAGGGCAUUCUCGUUGGGUUGGGCUUCGCGCUCGUUUUCAACCCGGCAAUCGUCAUUUUCCCAGAAUGGUUUGACAAGAAAAGAGGCCUUGCCUCGGGAAUUAUUGUGUCUGCUAGCGGUAUAGCAGGGGUUGUCUUCUCGCUGUCCUCACAGGCGAUAAUUUCCCGCACAGGCAGCCCGGCGUGGGCGCAGCGAAUGCUGGCAAUUUUCUCCGUGCUGGGCAACACGUUUGCCGCGUGCCUGCUCAAACACCGCAUCCCAACACGGCGACUCAGGACCCGCCGCGAGAUCGUCACCAGAUUCUACGUGCUGUUCAACGCCAAGGUUGUCAAACUGCCGCAGGUCCACUUCAUCACGCUGUGGUUCGUGCUAACACUCUCCUGCUACAUCGUCGCGCUCUUCUCGCUCUCCGCGUACAGCACGUUUGUGGGCCUCUCGUCGUCGCAAGGAAGUCACGUGACAGCGAUCUUCAACGGGUGCCAGGCUAUUGGCCGGUUCUCCAUCGGUUUGGCAGCAGACUACACGGGCCGCGUGAACAUGGCGGUGCUGCUGAGCAUCAACAUGGUGAUUUUGCUCUUUGCCAUGUGGAUCAACGCGACGACGGCCGGCGUGGUGUACGCGUACGCUAUUCUCUCCGGGCUCACUUUUGGCGUGGCUUCCACGCUGAAUCAGCCCCUGGUGGCGGACUCGGUCCCCGUGGAGCUGUUUCCGUCGGCCUGGAGCUACGAGAACUUCUGGAUGGGUGUUUUUUCCAUGUUUUGCGAGGUGGUAGCACUAAAGCUCAGAGACAUGACGUUGGCGAAGCCGUUCAUCAAGGCGCAGAUAUUCUGCGGCUGUUUUGCGGCUGCUGGCGUACUGUGCCUUCUGCCAAUCCGCGAGUGGAAAAUCCGCCGCAUGCUCAUCGCCCGGCACGAGGCCCUAGAGGCGCUCAAAGAGCACGAGAAACACACGGCCGAGUACGAGCGCCGCCUGAAAACGUACGACGUGCUUCUGCGCGGUGGAUUCAAGGCGUACAUGGCGAGACUGCUCUAUCCUGUGCGCACGUGA